AUGGCUGUCUCAACAGGUGCGUUACUCGGGGUGCUAAUUGCGGUUUUUGUUGGAAUCUUGUUGAUUAUAAUGUGUAUUGGCUACUUUCUGAUGCCAAUUUGGCCAAUUCUAUUCAACUCACGAAAGCGGAAGCUAAUCCGGCAUUGUGCACAGAGAAUCCUACUUUUGGAAAUGAAUGAGCAACAAGCUGCCGAGGCUGAUCUUGAAGAGCAAAGGAUGGAUCCUAUGAAGAAAAAUACAGACACACUUGGACGCUCACACGACAUGAGUUCCAAGAUCGUGUUGGAUAGCUUCCCUAUCGAAUCAAUCAAGGAGUCGCUGUGUGGGACCGAUAAAGCUGUCUUGUUCAAGGGUCCUCAUGGAAUUGGCGAUGCCAAUGGGAGAUUGCAUGCAGCUCAAGCAACCGUGCUUCCAUCUCAAGCACAUUGCUCGCUCAAUGCGACUAUAAGCGAUGAUCUGGUUUACAAAAGCGCAGUUGACGAGUCAUUGGAAUCGUUUGAGAGUAAAAGCCAAAGCCCCCAGCAAGGGUUCUCGCUAAGAUCAAAAUCCUUGGCCAUCUCUGAGCUAUUGAAGGUGCAAGCUGAAAGAGCACCACUACCACUCGCUGCUGCUGCUGCUGCUGCUGCACAAGCAGCAGCAAAUGAUGCAGACGCGUUGGUUGCCGAGCCUACCAUUGUAGGCAAACCAGUGAGGACCCGCGAUGUUUCGAAUGAGGAAAACUACCCCGUUCGCUCACUUUAUUCCCAGAGCGCUUCCAUCGUGGCCACCGAGUCAGAAACUAUCAUCAGAGAAGUGGAGGACCCGUACUCCGAUUUCAUGAUUGGCGUGGGGCAAACGGUGGUGGUGGUGAAACCAUUCCAUGGCAGCCACGCAUUUGAGUUUAAUCUGUUGCAACAGGGUGAUUUAAUUCGAGUCAACCUGUUUUACAUUCUUGAAGAGGAGGAUAACUUCAUACAAGAACGGUCGAUACGGCUCAAGCGCAAGUUGAAUGACCGCAGAGUCUCAUCAAGAAACUCAAACUCACACGCCGAUGAUCUAGAGGAAAAAUCCUUUUUGGCUCAGCUUGAACCCGAAGGUUCUAGUGACGGAAUUGUGGGGAGGGAAAUCAGCAUCAGCAUCACCAAAGAUGACCCGCUAUAUGCUAGUGUUUAUUGCACGGGAAGGCUACUCAAUCAGUUUCUAGAUACGACACCGCCGAGUUCCGAUAUUGUGUGGAAGAAGAAAAAAAUGGAAGAGAACGGAACCUCAGAAGUCGACGCAGUGAAGGAUUUUCCGUUGAGUGCGGUUAGCUUGGAGAGCACACUUCAGCAGUAA